AUGGCUUCGGGUCUCAUCCUCGAGAUCCUCGCGUUCGUCGCGCGAAUUCAAUUGCAUUUUCGGCAGAAGAAAUUCUUGCAACACCAAUGCCGUCCAGCUUUCUUCAGCGCCGCCAUCUAUCUCUGCUUGGCCCGCGUCAUCGCCGUGUAUGGUGGUCACAUCUCCCGUCUGAAGCCACGAACGUAUACCAUCACUUUCAUGAUGUGCGAUGCCAUAGCUCUAGUUUUGCAGGCUUCUGGUGGGGCUCUGGUCGGCGGCGACAGUUCGAGUUCGUUUGAAAAGGGGCUUUCUAUACUCCGGGCCGGUCUGGCCUUCCACGUUGCAGGUAUGGUUAUCUUUGUGGCGCUGGCAUCUGACUAUGCGUGGUCGGCCUACAGGAGGCGCGAACAUUGGACACCUAAGUUUUCGUGUCUACAAGAGUCAAGGAAAUUUCACUACUUUCUUAUUGGGCUGAUUGUAGCUACUCUCUGCAUUUUCAUCCGAACCUGUUAUCGACUCGCUGAGCUAAGCAUGGGUCUCGACAGUGAUCUCGCGAAUGAUGAAAACGCCUUCAUGGUGCUGGAGGGUGGGAUGGUGGCAGCUGCUGUCAUCGCGAUUACUAUCCUACAUCCAGGUGUCGCUUUCGAGAGGUUUUGGCCGGAGGCAGAUUUUCAGCUUGCCAAUGUCUUCCGUGGCAACGCGCACAGCAAGAAAGAUGGUAGAGGUGGGCGGGGCAGCGGACUGGCUGAAUCCCCGUCUAGGCGUGAACAUCACAGGCUUCCAUCCUCUCUAUAG